AUGAUGGAUGCGGAGGGCUGUCCUAGCGGUACUGCGCUCAGCACUCUACCUCAACUCCGGGACUAUCUACAAACAACGGGGACGUGCAAGUGCGGUCUGCCUUGCCCUUUACGACCGGAGACCGCAUUCAGUUUUGAUCCUAAGGUGUUGAGCAAGCAGUAUCAGGUGGCUUCGGGGCCGGAGCUGACCAAGUUGUGCAAUCAUAAACGGAAACUUUUGGCGACUCUGCAAGCCCGCACUCAGUCUCCCGUCACGCCGCCACCGCUCAACUUAGAACAAAAGAAAGGUGCAGAAGUAGCAGCUAAAAAGAAAAUGAAGAAAAGGCCAGGGUUUAUAUCGAAUAUAAACGUUUCCCCUUUAAUGGUGCAAAAGGAUAAGCCCCUCGGUGACUUUAAGAAUCAAGAAAUCGAGUCUAAACGAACGGUGUCUCCGGGAAUAAUGGUACAACGCCCCAAUAUGCAAUCUUGUCCACCAGGAUAUCUAGUGCAACAGAACAUGUUAAAUAUGGCUCAAGAGAACGAAGUUAAACACGAGACGCUCAUUCAGAGAAGUUCACACUAUCUGACCGUCAACAAUGGCUGGAUAACACACCAGCCAGAAAACAUAGACGGACAGAAACAGAAUCAGGCUGCACAAAAUUCUGUUAAUGCCUCCCUAAAUGUAGGUCUGCCAGUGCUAGGGACUAAUGGACAAAUAAUUGGAGUGAAUACAGGGUAUAAUAAACAGACAAAUAAUCAAAAAAACGUUAUAGGCCUCCAGUCGCAGAAUGUUAUGGAACAAGAUCGUAAAGAAGAAAAGAAAGAUCUGCACCCGAAUUUGCAAUCAGUCAGGCAACAGAAUAAAGAAGAGGAGUCCCAAAUAUUUUGUGGUCUGAAUCAAGCACUGACCCCAGAAGUAAUGCAAAAGAUAAAUGAACAGCAGCA